AUGGUGGUGAUGUUUAUGCCGUCCCAGGCCGGUGCCCCCACGACCACCCCUCUGCCAUACACAGCCAGUCCCCUCAAGCUCCUGGUAUCUGAUGUGAUCCUCUGCCUGUCGUGCAUUCGCUAUCUUCCAGGUAUUUUACUGCCUCUAAAGCCAUACUCUUCUGGAAAACUGGACGAGUUGUAUCCGUCUCGUGGCAACCUCACUGCUCUUGCGGUCCACGGCGUAUUGAUCGUCUAUCAAGUCGCCUUUAUUCUGUCACUACCAGUGCUGUUAUUUUUACCAAUAUACAUCUGUCUAUUUUACAUCGCCUCGGUCUUUCUUCUCAGCAACAGAAUCUGUGCUUUUCUGAACGGGCGGCAACGAUUCUUGGUUUCGCACGUCCCCCUCCCUAGAUCUGACCACGAAUCGGAGCAUUGGAUAUUUAUUAAUGGCGUCGGGGUUGGUCGGCAUUGGUUACAAAGUAAUCUCGACCGAUUGUCCCUGACUUUUGGCCGGAAAAUCACUGGAAUCCACAAUGAAACUGCAGGUAUUAUUUUCGACGUCAUCCAGUGCUUAAUUCAGCGCUGCUUUUGCUACGCCACCGAAGACGUCCGUGAUGCAUACGUUUUUGUCAAGCAAACACUCUUGAACGAGAAAUACGAAAAGAUUGUUCUAAUCCUCCAUAGCCAGGGAGGUGUCGAAGGAGGGCUCAUCCUGGAUUGGCUUUUUGAUGCGCUCGACGACAAGACCUUGGGUAAACUUGAAAUAUACACGUUUGGCAACGCGGCCAAUCAUUGGAACAACCCAACAAGAAAGUAUACCGACCAGGGCAAGCCAGAGAGAUGUAUUCCGCACAUCGAGCACUAUGUCAACUCUGAGGAUUUUGUUGCCAUGUGGGGGAUCUUGGAUUUUAUCAGAAUACCUAGUCGUUACCUAGGGGAUGUUUUCAUUCGACAGGGCUCUGGGCAUUUAUUGAACCAGCACUACCUCGAUACAAUGUUUCCUCUGAGUCAUGACAAGAGACAAGUUUUGGGGGAGAAUGAAUUUAUGCGACAAAAUGUCAAACUUAUCAGUUGCGGGUCCACACCCAAAAAUACCGACUUCACAAUGGCCACAGAGAAACUUGCGCAAAAUAGAGACAUCGAUGGAAUUGGUUCAAAACUCAGAGAUUAUAGCCGUUUAUGGCGAUACCGGAAUGGGGCAUCUCCUGACUGA